AUGCGUCACUACGGUGGCAUCUACAUUGAUCCCAACUACGGCUGCGCCCGUAAUCUUGCGCUCCUGCUCUACUACCCCGCCUGGGUAAUCGACCGCGGCCACGGCAUCACCGGGGCGAGGCCAAACCAUCCUGACUGGGUUAUGUUGACUGGGUCUAUAGUUACGCGUGGAUUCCGGUUUCUGUUCCCACAUGCUACACAUGGCGGCAGUACAGAGUUCGGGAGGGUUAGCUGGGAAAAGUAUCAUGCACGGCUGCCCGCCAAAGAGAGGAAAGGGAACCGUGUCUGUCGGAUUAAGACGGGUCAUCGAGACGAGGUCUUCUUCAUGCCAAAUGGGAUAUUUAGGGACGACUGGGACCACAGCUAUGGAUACAUUACGUCGACAAAGGCCAUUCUCGGGUUUCUGCUACUCUUUGCUAUGCUCACUAGACGGGUGUCAUGCUCGUGGCAACUGGCAAGCAAGCAAGACCCAUCAACGCGAAUACCAGAAACCGCUGCCGUCGGAGGACGAAGUGGGAUGGUGCGGGACGGUUUGACUUUUAGACACGCUUUCCCACAGCUUGACACCCAUUGA